AUGUCUCCGACGACUCCCCCGAUGCUGCUGCUGCUGCUGCUGUUGAUGUUGAUGUCCUGCCAAGGGGUUACCGGGCAGAACGUGGCGUGCAUGACGCUGCGUUGUUUCAGCCAGAUGACGAAAUGUUUCAGCGAUCACGACUGUAGGACAGCUGUCUCCUGUCUGGGCGGGUGCGGCAGCAACCAGUCUUGCGCUCUGCCCUGUCUCGCUACCUACGAGAACGACCUCCUCGACAGCUUCCUGUACUGCGUCAUCACCCAACAUCACUGCAUCACCCUCCCAGCACCGACCCCGCCAGUAGUGUGCUCGCCGCCCACAGAAAAACCCCUCAACAAUUUCACUCUGUCCAUGUUUGCUGGCGACUGGUACGUCAUCCUAGGCCUGAACCGGAACUACGACUGCUUCGCCUGCCAGAUGACGGCAUACGCUGCUGUCCCCGACACCAACAACUUUACAAUGACGGAGAAGUAUUUGGCGCCAACACUCAACCAAUCACUCCGGGUACGAGUUGCCAACAUGAGUGGCGAGGUCAAGGACAUCCAACAUGGCGGAAUCGUGACCUUUUCUGGAUUAGAGAACGGUCUGAUCCGUGAUGAGCAAUGGCGGAUAAUGGUUUACAACAAGGACGCUGGCUACGCCGUCAUCUACUACUGUGGGACAACAGGGUCAUGGAAAUACGAAGGAACGCUGGUGUACUCCCGAACCCCCUCCGUCAGCCUAAUGACCAUGACUAGUCUCCGAACGGACAUGGAGAGAGCCGGCUUCAAUGUCAAGGACUUCUGCUCUCCCAGGACCCACAGUUGCGUGUAUGCAUAA